CUAUAACAUCCUAAGUUAGCACUUUCAGAUUGUUGCUGCAUCUUAGUGAAAUGGUCGGUGUGAACCAGGUAAUUCCUUAAACUCUUCCCUCUUCUGUAAUUCAUAAUUGGGAUUUGUUUAAACAAAUGUGAUAAGGAAUCAUCCUUCUUAAGUGUCGCCCCAUUUUCCACGAAUAAUAGAGGCAAUAUGGGAUGGUUUGGUGUGUAGUGCCUGUGGGAAGAUCAAUCGAUUACCUAUCUCUGUUCUCUUCGGUUGAUCUGUUAGCGAUUUUAUGACAGUUCCAAUGCACGAUUCUACAUGAGUUUUGUGUAUCCCCUUUCCAGAAAUCCAGAAAUUUCUGAUGCAUCUCUUCCAAUUGGUUGGUUGCCAGUAUAGGGUCAGAACUAUUUCGCAUCACUCUCAAGAAUUGAGGGAUGGGUAGGGAUUCUUUUAAUUUUGGGGGGUGAAAACUAGAUGCAUGUAAGAUAGUGUUUCUGUCAAUGUUCUUGGAGUAUAAUGUAUACCCCAAUUUGUUAGCCUUGAUGAAAAUUAGAAGAUCCAGAAAGUCAAUUUGUGUCUUGCUAAAUUGGAACGUGAAUUUAACCGGAGAAUUCAACAUGUUAAGUGACGUCAUCAUCUCCACGAAUGAUGGUUCAUCUCUUUUCCAUAAGUUCAGGAUAUCGUCUAUAAAAUGAAGAUAUUUAAUAAUACGUUCACCAUAUUGGUUUAAGAUAUUCUUCUCAAAUAAGUACAUAUAGAUUAAUCACAUUGAUGUUUUUUGUAAUGAGACAUGUCAUGGAUGACAUCACUCAAUCUUGUUUUUAUUUUAUACCCUCCAAUAUUUUUGUAGCAAUUCAUAUUUAAAUAACAUGUUUUUCACGGUUUAAUUGUCUUGAUAAAAGUCCAGUGGGACUGAAACGUCGACACUGUAUCCAAGGAUUUGAUGCUAAAAUAAAAAGCACUAUUUGAAAUACAUUUUGAGUGCUCUCCAGCAAGAUAUUGUGUGUGUAUGUAUAUCUAUGUAUAUACCAGAAAGUUGGAGUGCGAUAGGAACUGCACUCGAGUCUAGAUCUUCUGAGUACUCUGAAAAAAUAUACAGUAUAUAGUAUACUGUAUAUUUUUUCAGAGAAGAUCCUGACUCCAGUGCAGUUGCUAGCGCACUCCAACUUUCUGGUAUCUAUUGCUAAUUUGUGUCACUGUGUGUCACUUGGGGGUAGUGCAGCAGCACUGCAGGUAUUCUUAAGCGCUUUGACUCCAUCUGGUUUUUCUGUGGCUGGAAAAGUAUUUGAAAGGUUAUUAAGGGAUAAUAUUCAAGAAUUCCUGGAGAAGAACAUGGUUUUAUGAAGCACAGGUCAUGUCAAGCUAACUUGAUUGCAUUCUGCGAAGAAGUAGAAGUAUAGAUCAGGGUGUUGCAGUGGAUGUGAUCGACUUGGGUUUUGCCAAGGCAUUUGAUACGGUUCCUCAGAAUAGAUUAGUGUUCAAACUCAAGGAAAUCGGUCUAGAUGGAAAUGGGUAGAACAUUGGCUUAAAACAGAGACAAAGAGUUGUCAUUAAUGGUAAAUGUUCAAGCUGGACAGAGGUGGUAAUUGGUGUCCCUCAGGGUUCCGUUCUAGGACCCCUUCUAUUUAACAUGUUUAUAAAUGAUCUUGAGAAAAGCAUUGAAAGUCAUGUUUCAGUGUUUGCAGAGGACACCAAACUUUGUAAAACAAUACAAUGUGAGCAAGAUAUUACUUUGCUGCAGAGGGAUUUAGAUAGACUGGGGAGACGGCUGUGGAGAUUUUGGCAAAGUUUGUUCUCCACAUAUGUAUGUAAUCCGCAGCGGUUGGAUUCCCCGACUUUCCUGAAAUGUGUGCCUGCCGGCAGCUCUCUAAUUAGGCGAUUUUAGGCGGCCGCAUAAGGCCUCGCGCUUGCUGGGGCUUCGCGCCCGCCUAAAUCACUGUAGGGCAGGCUGAACUGUUGGAUCUUCGGUCUAUGACCGAGGACCAGACAGUGAGAGGGGGGCCCGGCGGCUUGCCCAGCAUGCUGCCGGGUGGCCCCUCCACAUGGUCUGCUCACAGAGAGAGCCAGCCUCUGAUCUGCAGCUCCGCCGAGUGCAGAGCUGCAGAUCACAUAAGGUUCUCGCGAGCUCACAGAGCGUUGCUGCGGGUUACCACGGCAACGCUCUGAUAGGCGCUCGUGAGAACACGGUCUGCAGCUUUCGCGGAGCUGCAGACAGAAUAGUCAUCCCACCGGACCACCAGGGACUUCAACCACUGGACCACCAGGGAAUUACAUUUCAACAAAAAAGUAUUUCAGUGUGUGGAGGCUUGUCACUGUCUCCAACACUGCCCUCCCACCAUCACUGCCCACUCAAAUACACUGCCCUCCCACCCUCACUGUCCACUCAAAUACACUGCCCUCCCACCCUCACUGUCCACUCAAACACACUGCCCCCACACUAACCACCACAGAUACUGUACCCCACCCUGACCCUCACAUAAACUGCCCUCCACACUAACCACCACAGAUACUGUACCCCACCCUGACCACCACAUACACUGCCCUCCACACUAACAUCACACUGACCCCCACGUACCCUGACCCCCACACAGUUUCUCACACAAAAUGCCCCCACUGUCCCACACUCUGCCCCCCUACAGUUUCAUACACCCUGCCCCCCUACACUGUCAUACGCACUGCCCUCUCUACACUGUGUCCCACACACCCUGUCCCACACACCCUGUCCCCACCCUGUCCCACACACCCUGUCCCACACACCUGUCCCACCACCUGUCCACACACCCUGUCCCACACACCCUGUCCCACACACCCUGUCCACACACCUGUCCCACACACCCUGUCCCCCCACAUGUCCCCCACACUGUCCCCCACACUGUCCCCCCACACUGUCCCCCCCCACACUGUCCCCCCACACUGUCCCCCCACACUGUCCCCCCACACUGUCCCCCCACACUGUCCCCCAUCCUGCCCAGACAUGCCACACUCACCCUGUCACAUAACCCUCCCUCAUCCUGUCACUCAUCCUGCCCAGCCAUGCCACACUCACCCUGUCACAUAAGCCUCCCUCAUCCUGUCACUCAUCCUGCCCAGCCAUGACACACUCACCCUGUCACAUAAGCCUCCCUCAUCCUGUCACUCACCUCCCCUCGCCCUGUCACACUUUCCCCUUCAACCGUGCCACACUCACCCCAACAGUGAAUACAGAGACUAGCUCUCUGUAUCCAGCGCUGCAAGCCUGUCGUACAAUAUAACUACAGCUCAUUAUACACACGAUGCAACCCAUAUAUGUUUUUUUACUAUGAGUGUUAGUGGGGGGCCUCUUGUUUGAGUUUCGCCUAAGGCCUCAUAAAGGUUUGAUUUGUGUUUACAGGAGCCUCUCGCUAGGCGGCUUGCUCGCUCGCAGGUUCUCUCGCAUCAAAUGCGUCCGGGAUUGUAAAGUACAGUAUAUACUCGAGUAUAAGUCUAGUUUUUCAGCACAUUUUUUGUGCUUAAAAACCCCCACUCGACUUAUACUCGAGUCACUGUCUGUAUUAUGGCAACUUAGAGAGCCGCGGCUGUCAGAGCCAUGGCAACGAUCCGCGCGGCAACCAGACCGCGAGACUUACAGUGGAGCUGACCGGAACGGAGGAGAAGGGAGCUGACAGGAGCUGCAGGAAAUGUAAGUAAAUGCUUCCUGCCGGCCCCCCCACUUCACAGCCCUUGCCACUGGACCACCAGGGAUUAAGAUAUCCCCCCUCCCUGACCAGUUAACAAGCAGGGAGGGGGGACAAAAAAAAAUUAAAAUAAAAAAAUAAUAAUAUUAAAAAAAAAAUAAAUAAUAAAAAUGCCCUCCCCCACCUAGUUCACACACACUACACAAACACACACUCUGCAUUAUAUACACACUCUGCAUUAUAUACACAGAGUGUGUGUGUAUAAUGCAGAGUGUGUGUUUGUAUGAGUGUGUGUGUAUAUAAUGCAGAUUGUUUGUAUGAGUGUGUGUAUAUAUAAUGCAGAGUGUUUGUUUGUAUGAGUGUAUGUGUAUAUAAUUAUAAAAAUCACAGAAUUUCAUAGCCCCAAGUUUUACCCUCGACUUAUCCACGAGGCAUAGCAUAUUUCACAAUUGUUGGUCACAAAACUGCACUCGACUUAUACAUGAGAUCGACUUAUACACGAGUAUAUACGGUAAUAAAAUGUGAGCAGGAUAUUGCUUUGCUGCAGAGGGAUUUGGAUAAAUUGGGGGACUGGGCACUAAAAUGGCAGAAGAAAUUUAAUGUAGAGAAAUGCAAAGUUAUGAACUUUGGGGUAAAGAAUACACAAGCAACGUAUAACCUUAAUGGAAGCGAAUUCGGGAUAACAACACACGAAAAGGAUUUGGGAAUUGUUAUAGACAACAAACUAUGCAACAAUGUGCAAGAGAUUCAGUCUUUGUGUGAAUGUAUCAGGCUCAGCCUGAAUGUCCUGGUAAGAGAUUCAGUCUUUGUGUGAAUGUAUCAGGCUCGGCCUGAAUGUCCUGGUAAGAGAUUCAGUCUUUGUGUGAAUGUAUCAGGCUCAGCCUGAAUGUCCUGGUAAGAGAUUCAGUCUUUGUGUGAAUGUAUCAGGCUCAGCCUGAAUGUCCUGGUAAGAGAUUCAGUCUUUGUGUGAAUGUAUCAGGCCUGGCCUGAAUGUCCUGGUAAGAGAUUCAGUCUUUGUGUGAAUGUAUCAGGCUCGGCCUGAAUGUCCUGGUAAGAGAUUCAGUCUUUGUGUGAAUGUAUCAGGCUCAGCCUGAAUGUCCUGGUAAGAGAUUAAGUCUUUGUGUGAAUGUAUCAGGCUCGGCCUGAAUGUCCUGGUAAGAGAUUCAGUCUUUGUGUGAAUGUAUCAGGCUCGGCCUGAAUGUCCUGGUAAGAGAUUCAGUCUUUGUGUGAAUGUAUCAGGCUCAGCCUGAAUGUCCUGGUAAGAGAUUCAGUCUUUGUGUGAAUGUAUCAGGCCUGGCCUGAAUGUCCUGGUAAGAGAUUCAGUCUUUGUGUGAAUGUAUCAGGCUCGGCCUGAAUGUCCUGGUAAGAGAUUCAGUCUUUGUGUGAAUGUAUCAGGCUCAGCCUGAAUGUCCUGGUAAGAGAUUCAGUUCUCGUGAAUGGGGAACAGGCUCGCCUGAAUGUCCUGGGGUGCGAGCCCAGUCUUUGUGUGAAUGUAUCAGGCUCGCCUGAAAUGUCUGCAAGAGAUUCAGUCUUUGUGUGAAUAAAUGACCAGGCUCAGCCUGGAAUAAGCAAGUCCUGGUGGUAAGAGAUUCAGUCUUUGUGUGAUCGGGAUUGUGGCUCAGCCUGGACGUCCUGUAAGAGAUUCAGUCUUUGUGUGAAUGUAUCAGGCUCGGCCUGAAUGUCCUGGUAAGAGAUUCAGUCUUUGUGUGAAUGUAUCAGGCUCGGCCUGAAUGUCCUGGUAAGAGAUUCAGUCUUUGUGUGAAUGUAUCAGGCUCGGCCUGAAUGUCCUGGUAAGAGAUUCAGUCUUUGUGUGAAUGUAUCAGGCUCAGCCUGAAUGUCCUGGUAAGAGAUUCAGUCUUUGUGUGAAUGUAUCAGGCUUGGCCUGAAUGUCCUGGUAAGAGAUUCAGUCUUUGUGUGAAUGUAUCAGGCUCGGCCUGAAUGUCCUGGUAAGAGAUUCAGUCUUUGUGUGAAUGUAUCAGGCUCAGCCUGAAUGUCCUGGUAAGAGAUUCAGUCUUUGUGUGAAUGUAUCAGGCUCAGCCUGAAUGUCCUGGUAAGAGAUUCAGUCUUUUCAUUUGAAGAUCUUUGUAUAAUUUUCUAAAAGAUGUUUACCAUCAGUGUAUUCCUGAAAUGUUCUAUUCUUUAUUUUUAUCAUUUUUUUUUUUUUUUCUGUUUUCAGGACUGGAGUUACCCAAUGAGAAGGGAGAUGCAGGUAUGUCUGUAUGUGAGUUUAGUUUGGCUGAGAGGGCUCUUCGGCAAGUAAUGGCCUUUUCAUUAAAAUGAAAUAUCUUUAACGCAUGUUAAUAAAUUUUGUGCCUUAUCAUUUUUGUGAGGAAAUACGACUUUAUUCCCACACAAUUGGAGUGCUCUUGUACACAAUACUAUUUACCGUUGUAUUGGUGCUUAGAAUGACCCAUAUGUAUUUCAUGAUAGGUUCCUCUUAAAAGGAACUCUAAGGCAAGCUGCAAAAUAUUAAAAUCUUCUGCGUGUGUCCACCAGCGCAGGGCGAGGCUGUGAGAUCUACGCUAGACAGCUGUUACAACACAGAAUUCUAACGUUUCUGUGUAUGUGGGAGUUUACACACUCAGUCAGUAUUGCUCCCACAUGACAUUAUCUUAGUCCGAUAGUCAUUCCCCUGUAAUGCCCAGUGUCUCCCUACGUUACAUACUGUCAUUCCCCUGUAAUGCCCAGUGUCUCCCUAUGAUUGGCAUUGUUACAUACUGUCAUUCCCCUGUAAUGCCCAGUGUCUCCCUAUGAUUGGCAUUGUUACAUACUGUCAUUCCCCUGUAAUGCCCAGUGUCUCCCUAUGAUUGGCAUUGUUACAUACUGUCAUUCCCCUGUAAUGCCCAGUGUCUCCCUAUGAUUGGCAUUGUUACAUACUGUCAUUCCCCUGUAAUGCCCAGUGUCUCCCUAUGAUUGGCAUUGUUAUAUACUGUCAUUCCCCCGUAAUGCCCAGUGUCUCUCUAUGAUUGGCAUUGUUACAUAGUGUCAUUCCCCUGUAAUGCCCAGUGUCUCCCUAUGACUGGCAUUGUUAAAUACUGUCAUUCCCUGUAAUGCCCACUGUCUCUCUAUGAUUGGCAUUGUUACAUACUGUCAUUCCCCUGUAAUGCCCAGUGUCUUCCUAUGAUUGGCAUUGUUACAUACUGUCAUUCCCCUGUAAUGCCCAGUGUCUCCCUAUGAUUGGCAUUGUUACAUACUGUCAUUCCCCUGUAAUGCCCAGUCUCACUAUGAUUGGCAUUGUUACAUAGUGUCAUUCCUAGAAAGUACUUAGUGUCUCCUAUAUGAUUGGCAUUGUCACAUACUGUCAUUCCCCUGUAAUACCCAGUGUCUCCCUAUGAUUUGGCAUUUAUUUACAUACUGUCAUUCUCCUGUAAUGCCAGGUGUCUCCUAUGAUUGGCAUUGUUACAUACUGUCAUUCUCCUGUAAUGCCCAGUGUCUCCCUAUGAUUGGCAUUGUUACAUACUGUCAUUCUCCUGUAAUGCCCAGUGUCUCCCUAUGAUUGGCAUUGUUACAUACUGUAAUUCCCCUGUAAUGCCCAGUGUCUCCCUAUGAUUGGCAUUGUUACAUACUGUCAUUCCCCUGUAAUGCCCAGUGUCUCCCUAUGAUUGGCAUUGUUACAUACUGUCAUUCCCCUGUAAUGCCCAGUGUCUCCCUAUGAUUGGCAUUGUUACAUACUGUCAUUCCCCUGUAAUGCCCAGUGUCUCACUAUGAUUGGCAUUGUUACAUACUGUCAUUCCCCUGUAAUGCCCAGUGUCUCCCUAUGAUUGGCAUAGUUACAUACUGUCAUUCCCCUGUAAUGCCCAGUGUCUCCCUAUGAUUGGCAUAGUUACAUACUGUCAUUCCCCUGUAAUGCCCAGUGUCUCCCUAUGAUUGGCAUUGUUACAUACUGUCAUUCUCCUGUAAUGCCCAGUGUCUCCCUAUGAUUGGCAUUGUUACAUACUGUCAUUCCCCUGUAAUGCCCAGUGUCUCCCUAUGAUUGGCAUUGUUACAUACUGUCAUUCCCCUGUAAUGCCCAGUGUCUCCCUAUGAUUGGCAUUGUUACAUACUGUCAUUCCCCUGUAAUGCCCAGUGUGUUCCUUGUUCUCGAGGAUUGUAGGACUCUUUACGUCUGUUUAUACUCCUUAUGUUCUCUAACUUUUUAAUUUAUUUGUUUUAAAGGAAAUUUUACCAGGCUUGUAUCUGGGUCCAUAUUCAGCAGCAAUGAAAAGCAAGGUAUGUAAAAAAGCAGGUAGAACCAUUAUUUCCGUAGGUGUGUGUGGAUGCAGACUGGUUGGUGACUGGUUGAGGAGCCUUGCGGACUCCGUGUGUGUUUCAAAUAACAUGUUCACCAGUAUUUAUUUAAUUUCUUUACAGCUCUCAAUACUUCAGAAGUAUGGCAUAACGCACAUAAUCUGUAUAAGGCAGAAUAUUGAAGCUAAUUUUAUUAAACCAAACUUUCAGCAAUUAUUUCGGUAAGUUAUUUAAUAAUGCAUUAAAAGUAUGACUUUAAGGGGCUUAAACUGAUUAACUUUACAGUGCACAAAAUUUCCACUUAGUGUUAUGUGGCCAUUUGUCCGUGAUGCGUCAUGGGAGGAGGAAAUCUCGAUUGACAGUGAUGGCUGAACUCGCAUUGUUUGAGUGUGUGGGGACCCUGUUAUCAAGCCGGGAGUGCGUGUGUGGGCGCGCGGCUGUCUCCCUGGGAGUGCGUGUGUGGGCGCGCGGCUGUCUCCCUGGGAGUGCGUGUGUGGGCGCGCGGCUGUCUCCCUGGGAGUGCGUGUGUGGGCGCGCGGCUGUCUCCCUGGGAGUGCGUGUGUGGGCGCGCGGCUGUCUCGCUGGGAGUGCGUGUGUGGGCGCGCGGCUGUCUCGCUGGGAGUGCGUGUGUGGGCGCGCGGCUGUCUCGCUGGGAGUGCGUGUGUGGGCGCGCGGCUGUCUCGCUGGAAGUGCUGGGAGUUGGUGUCCUAGCACAGUCUGUAUGGAUUGCAGAAUGGAGAGAGCUGAUCUCCUAUGUAUCACUAAUGGUGCUGUACGUCUCUUCACAGCUAUUUAGUGCUGGAUAUAGCGGAUAAUCCCAUAGAGAAUAUUAUCCGUUUUUUCCCCAUGGUGAGUAUAUAUUGGACACGCUGUAAGUCACACUUGGUUAUAUCUCUGUUAUUGCAUUAUUUAUUUCCAGCAUUGAGGCACUGUUUCACCCUGUUAUUCAGAACUGAUCUACCCAAAUCAGAAAUCUAAAGCGGGCUAUGGUGAAAUUGGGUUAUAGUUGAUGUAACGGAGCUUCCUGUACCCCAGUUGGGUACCUCCGCCGAAAGAUGCUCCUAGUGCUUCUCGAGGCCCCCAAGCACUCUACCAGACACCAUAAGCACGGCAGACCCCACAACCGCCGCAGCUUGGUUGGGGUCUCGCCGUCUUCUACCCACCCUGGACCUACGACAAGGCUCCAAGUUCCAGUGGGUGAACCUCUCUUCCUCCAGAUUGUCAAGCAGGAAUAGCUGUGAUUAUAGCAAUCCCUUGUAGUGAUAUAGCGGUUCCCUACAAUAAGAGACAGAACUCAGUAUUGUGGGUGAAGAAGUCUGAGGUUUUAUGGAGCUACACUGCCUUUUAUGCAGGUUUCCCAACAGUGAUACCCAGGUGGACCAUGUUGGGCACAGGGACACAAAGUGUACAAAACAAUGAAUGACACUCCCACAUACAGUACACAAUCCCUCCCCUAUGCCUGUGAUAUAAUUAAGGCAGAUAAUGCCUUAACCUAGAUCUCCCCAGGUAGAAAAAAAAUCUAAUAUUUACAAAGUCCCAUAAGUACCCCAAAAUAUAGUCACAUCCCCUGAUAGCCCUGAUCAGGGUGAACAACAUAUCCAAAAAUCACCCAGAUCAGAGCAGGAGUUCAAAAGAUAGCUGGAAGUCUCUUUUUGACCAACCGCACGCAAGGCUUCAUGCCCAAAACCGUUCCAAAGAAUUAGGCUGUGCGGCCGGUCUAGUUCGGUAGUUUGCAAACGAACAAACUUCUGAACCUCGUCAAUAGUCUUACCCUGGAGCUUGUUCGUUUCUAUUCAGCUUGCAAGAGCACUGUUCGGUGAGAUCAUUUGUCUGGAUAGACAAAUGAUCUCACCGAACAGUGCUCUUGCAAGCUGAAUAGAAACGAACGCAGGCGAUGAUGGAAGUCCAGCGGUGUUCGGGAGUUUCUGUAACAGAUUUCAGUUUCAUGAUAUUCAUGCUCAAACACCGCUGCCUGCGUCCAUGCGGACAAGAUGGCCGCCACCUCGUGGUUGUUCAUAGGAAUAGCGGCCACCCAGACGAACAAUUAGAACACUGCGGUGAGAAACAUUCCAAGUUGUUAAUAGGUGUUAACAAGCUCCAGGGUGGUCAGAGCCUGUUUGAAGUAUUUUAGCCAGGUCUAUUGCAGGGGCCAUAGUGACAGGGUAAGAGGAUGGCAAACAGGCCCCUCCAAAAACCAGUGACGAGGUAACUUUUGCCACAGUUGGAAACACUAUGUACAUUGCCUGUAUUCAACAAAUUAAAUAUUUAUAUGCAUAACUUUCAGCUGUUUGCAAUGAACAAAUCAAACAAAAGCAAUUGAUAUAGUUAAACACAACGAAUGCUUCAACUACUUUCCCACAAAUUCAACUGAAAAUGCAACUGACUUCUCCAGUCUCAUAAUUAUUCAACCCCUUGACUAGAACCCACAAAUAUGCCAAACAGGUGUUAUCACAAUCACACCUGGUAGAACUAAUUAUUAUUAUUAUUUAUAUAGCGCCAACAAAUUCCGUAGCGCUGUACAAUGGGUGGACUAACAGACACAUAAUUGAGAUCAAACCACUGGACGUACAGGAACAGAGGGGAUUGAGGGCCUGCUCAGUGAGUUUACAUGUUAGAGGGAGUGGGGUAUAGUGACACAGUAACAGAGGGAUUGAGGGCCCCCUGCUCAGUGAGUUUACAUGUUAGAGGUAGUGGGGUAUAGUGACACAGUAACAGAGGGAUUGAGGGCCUGCUCAGUGAGUUUACAUGUUAGAGGGAGUGGGGUAUAGUGACACAGUAACAGAGGGAUUGAGGGCCUGCUCAGUGAGUUUACAUGUUAGAGGGAGUGGGGUAUAGUGACACAGUAACAGAGGGAUUGAGGGUCCUGCUCAGUGAGUUUACAUGCUAGAGGGAGUGGGGUAUAGUGACACAGUACAGAGGGAUUGAGGGCCUGCUCAGUGAGUUUACAUGCUAGAGGGAGUGGGGUAUAGUGACACAGUAACAGAGGGAUUGAGGGCCUGCUCAGUGAGUUUACAUGUUAGAGGGAGUGGGGUAUAGUGACACCGUAACAGAGGGAUAGAGGGCCCUGCUCAGUGAGUUUAUAUGUUAGAGGGAGUGGGGUAUAGUGACAGUAACAGAGGGAUUGAGGGCCUGCUCAGUGAGUUUACAUGUUAGAAGGAGUGGGGUAUAGUGACACAGUAACAGAGGGAUUGAGGGCCUGCUCAGUGAGUUUACAUGUUAGAGGGAGUGGGGUAUAGUGACACAGUAACAGAGGGAUUGAGGGGCCUGCUCAGUGAGUUUACAUGUUAGAGGGAGUGGGGUAUAGUGACACAGUAACAGAGGGAUUGAGGGCCCUGCUCAGUGAGUUUACAUGUUAGAGGGAGUGGGGUAUAGUGGCACAGUAACAGAGGGAUUGAGGCCCUGCUCAGUGAGCUUAUAUGCUAGAGGAAGUGGGGUAUAGUGACACAGUAACAGAGGGAUUGAGGGCCCUGCUCAGUGAGUUUACAUGUUAGAGGGAGUGGGGUAUAGUGACACAGUAACAGAGGGAUUGAGGCCCUGCUCAGUGAGUUUGCAUGUUAGAGGGAGUGGGGUAUAGUGACACAGUAACAGAGGGAUUGAGGGCCCUGCUCAGUGAGUUUACAUGUUAGAGGGAGUGGGGUAUAGUGACACAGUAACAGAGGGAUUGAGGGCCCGCUCAGUGAGUUUACAUGUUAGAGGGAGUGGGGUAUAGUGACACAGUAACAGAGGGAUUUAGGGCCCUGCUCAGUGAGUUUACAUGUUAGAGGGAGUGGGGUAUAGUGACACAGUAACAGAGGGAUUGAGGGCCCUGCUCAGUGAGUUUACAUGUUAGAGGGAGUGGGGUAUGGUGACACAGUAACAGAGGGAUUGAGGCCCUGCUCAGUGAGUUUACAUGUUAGAGGGAGUGGGGUAUAGUGACACAGUAACAGAGGGAUUGAGGGCCUGCUCAGUGAGCUUACAUGUUAGAGGGAGUGGGGUAUAGUGACACAGCAACAGAGGGAUUGAGGGCCUGCUCAGUGAGUUUACAUGUUAGAGGGAGUGGGGUAUAGUGACACAGCAACAGAGGGAUUGAGGGCCUGCUCAGUGAGUUUACAUACUAGAGGGAGUGGGGUAUAGUGACAGUAACAGAGGGAUUGAGGGCCCUGCUCGAUGAGCUUACAUGCUAGAUGGAGUGGGGUAUAGUGACACAAAGGGUUAAAGUAGGGGAAUUACAUAGUUUGUUAGAGAAGGGUUUAUUGAGUGCUUGGUAGGUCAUUUUUGACAGUUGCAGGAAAGUCAUGGGGUGGGGGAUGAGAAACCUGCUGACAGUUUAAUUGAUACGCUUUAAUGAAGAAGUGAGUUUUCAAAGAUUUUUUGAAGGAAUGGAGGCUGGGUGAAAGUCUGAUUGAGGAGGGAAGGGAGUUCCACAGAAUAGGUGCAGCCCUGGUGAAGUCUUGAAGGCGAGCAUCAGAGGUGGGGAUCCGAGCAGAGGAUAGGAGUAGAUCUUGGGCUGAGCGCAGGGGUCUCGUCGGGACAUACUUGUGUAUGAGGGAAGAUAGGUAUGUUGGAGCAGCAUUAUGUAGGGAUUUGUAAGCAAGCGCCAGAAUUUUGAAUUGGGCCCUAUAUCUAACUGGAAGCCAAUGCAGGGACUGACAGAGCGUGGAGGCGUGGGAGGUGCGACCGGACAGGAAAAUAAGCCUCGCAGCCGUAUUCAUUAUAGAUUGCAGCGGUGCAAGCUGGGAACAUGUAAGACCGGUGAGAAGGGGAUUGCAAUAGUCAAGGCGAGAGAGAACAACAGCAUGAACCAGUACCUUAGCCGCGUCCGGCGUUAGAUAUGGGCGGAUGCGCGCUAUGUUCUUGAGUUGGAAGCGACAGGAUUUGGCUAUCGAUUGAACAUGGGGAGUAAAAGAGAGAUCAGAAUCAAAAAGAACUCCUAGGCAGCGAGCCUGGGAGGUAGAGGUGAUAGUAGCGCCGUUGUCUUGGAUGGAGACAGACACCCCAGAGUAGCAACACUUGAGGGAGAAAAAAACUAGAAGUUCUGUUUUGGACAGGUUGAGUUUAAGGAAGUGAGCAGCCAUCCAUUUGGAAAUAGCAGAGAGGCAGUCAGAAACACGAGUCAAGGUGGACGGAGAGAAAUCGGGAGGACAGGUAGAUUUGCGUGUCAUCUGCAUAUAAAUGAUAUUGGAAACCAAAGGAGCUGAUGAGUUUACCAAGGGAGGCAGUAUAGAUCGAGGGCAGAACCUUGGGGGACGCCGACAGAGAGGGGUUGGGGAGAAGAGGCAGAGCCAGAGAAAGAAACACUGAAAGAGCGCUCGGAGAGUUAGGAGAGAGGGCAGUAUCCCGUAGACCAAAGUUACGGAGAAUGUGAAGAAGCUGUUGAUGAUCAACCGUGUCAAAGGCGGCAGACAGAUCAAGGAGGAUUAGGAUAGAGUAUUGCCCGCGAGAUUUAUCAGCAAUUAAAUCGUUGGAUACUUUGGUCACAGCAAUUUCGACAGAGUGACCAGCGCGGAAUCCAGACUGAAGGGGGUCAAGCAGAGAGUUUGAUUCGAGAAAGUCUGUCACUGUGGCGAACACAACUCUCUCGAGGAUCUUGGAGGCAAAUGGCAGUAGCGAGAUAGGGCGGUAGUUGGAUGGGGAGUUGGGAUCAAGGUUGUGCUAAUCAAGAGCUUCAUUAUUUGCACCAGGUGUGCUUGAGCUGGAAUAUUAGAAAUGCCUGAACUGGCUAGGGGUUUGUUAAAUGUCACAAUUGACUGCAUGUUAGAAAUAUGGCAAAAGUCAAAAGAAUGGUCCACAAAGUUUAAGAAAAGAGAUAAUUUGCCCUUCACAAACUAGGAAUGGGAUACAAAAAGAUAGCAAAGGCACUGAAUGUUCCUAGAGACACCGUUGGAAGCAUAGUUCACAAGUUAAAGGAACACUGGUUACACGACCUGGACCGGCCAAAAAAAGGAAGCGAUCAAUGCCUGCAACCAGAUUUCUGAGAAGGCAGAUUGUGAAAAACCCACGAGUGACUGCAAAAGGCCUGAAGCAAGACUUAGUGGCAACAGGCACUGAGGUUUCAGUGAGCACAGUAAGUGUAUACUAAACGCAGCAGGUUUCCAUGCCAGAACUCCAAGACUAAACUACUACUGACCAAAAACCAAACACAGGUUGGCUCCGAUAUGCUCAAGAUCCUAUAAAUAUGCCAAAAAUGAAACAAAACUGGAACUUUUCAGCGGUAUGUCUGGAGGAAGAAGAAUUAAGUAUAUGCUGAAAAGUACACUCUGCCUACAGUUAAGCAUGGUGUUGGCUCGGUGUGGCUCUAGGGCUGAUUUGCAUCCUCUGGCACUGGAAAGCAAGAAGGAUUCAUUGAAGUAUCAGGAAAUCCUAGGAGAAACAUGAUGUCGUCUGAGCUUGGUUAUCAUUGGAACUUUCAACAAGACAAUGAUACUAAACAUACCUUAAAUUCCACCAAGGCUUGGUUGUGGAACAUUCUAUAGUGGCCAUCAGUCACCUGACGUAAACUCCAUAGAAAAUCUCCGGUGGGAUUUGAAGAAUGCAAACCCAAGAAUAUUACUGAACUGGAGGCCAUUGCUUAAUAUUUCCCAGGAACACUGCCAGAUGCUGGCGUCUUGCUAUGCAUAGUUUGCAGCAAGUCAUAACAGUAAAAGGAUGCUCUAACAAGUACUAAAGAUGCUUGCCAUGAAGGGGUUUUUAUAAUUUUGAGACUGAAGAAGUCUGUAAAUUUUGGCAAUAAACCUGAUUUUUGUUUUAAAAAAUUUUUUUAAACUUUAUUUUUGUAGUGCGUAAGCGUAUAACAGUUGCUUGUGAGGUAACCCAAAGGCAAUCCUCUAGCACAGUACGAACAGUUGAACAUAGAGGUACAAAGUAGAACAAGCACAUUUUUAAAGUAAGGAUAGAAACAGUAUAGCUUUACUUUGUGCUGGCUUUUGUUUAACAUAACAUAGAGUGAUCUCGCUUAAUUUCCUAAACAGGUGAUUAUUUUGCUGUGUCAAAAGCUAUUCAAACUGCGAGCGGAUUACCACGUUUUAGAGCAAGUCUGUGUAAGUCAGCAGUUUAGUUAUUGCUAGUGGCAGCAGCAAGGGGUAUGGUUACAGAAUAUGUAUUGACAUGGCUGGCAUAGGUCAAUAGCAUGUUGAGUGUAACAUCAUCCUAACAGGCUGAUAUGUCUACUUAUGCAUACGUGUUGAGCUUGUGAUUUACUAGAGCCCUCUUGGUCGUUACAGCUAUAGAUUAGUGGUCACACUGGUGAACGUGUUGGACUAACCUUGGGAACAAGAUAGUGAGGCUAUAUUCGGAGAAGCUCGGUAUGUAGUUGCUCAUUCCCGCGUGGAGUUCCCCCGUGGCCCCUGGUAUGGACAGAGCUGUGUGCCUAAUUAUAUUGUGUGCUGCAAGUACCCAGCGCUAAUAAGGCAUUGAGCAUAGUGGUUAGUUGGUGAUAAUGGGGUUGGCUGUGCAUGUGGUGCUUAGUUAGUUAUAAGGCAGAUAUACAGCUAAAGAAAAUUAAAUAAAACAAUAAAUGAUUAUCAAAGUACAUAUUUGCUCUCUUGCCGUAACUAGAGUCCUCCGCUGUCUGUAAUUCUAUAUGUCUGCAUUGUAAGUAAAGUCAAUAAGUGUCCCAGUGGAACCCGAAGUAGAUGUCGAGCUCCGGUAGCCAGUUUAAAGUGAUCACCUAGCCGACUCCAGAUCGCGGGGCCUGCAGUCUGGUCACAGGAAUCCGCUUGGCGGUAUGGUGCAUCCAUCUUCUUCGAUCGGUGCGGGAGGUCUUUGCGAUGGUGAGUUCAUAGCCCCACUCUGGUGAGGUAGACCUGCUAACCAGUGAAAGUCUGUGUGAGGUGGUAUGCUGCAGGUUGUAGUGUCGCCUCCGAGAUAUGCCUGGCCGCGCGUCCGCCUCUGUGUGGUGUCUGUAGGGGAGUUGCAGCAUGAUCUGCCCGGGACCCCACGGUCUUGUCCGGCCCCUAUUUGCCGUAGUGUGUCGCUGCUGCAGGGUAUCUUUAUCAUGCCUCUCAUGUAGGUUUCGUUUUGCCGGGCCCCGGUAUUGAUGGGUCGCUGUUAUAGGCAGUGGUAGUCGUUUGGGCUUACAUGCUGUUCGGUUUUGCCGCCCACUGGCUUUGUUUGCACGAGGAGGUGAGCCUUUUUGUUGGGGGAUCGCUGGUAGUAUUGUAGCAGAUUGGUAUACCUUGGCCUUUUGCUCCCUGGAGGCUAUUGUCCUCCAGAAUCUGGUGAACAGCUCGUCCAGCCUGGCCUCGAGGUCAGAUUUCUUUGUGUCUCGAACCCACGUGGCGGCUGCCAUUUUGGUCGCCAUCUUGCCAGUAGCGGUUUGCUGGUUGGGGGUAUGAUUAAGGCUACUGCCAUCUUCUGCGGUCCGUGUAUGCAUGUGGUACUCGCUGGCGUGGACCGGGAUAACCUGAUUUCUCCAUUGGGGUUGAAUCAUUUUGAUUAUAAGGUAGAUAUUGUAAGGUACAUUUUGAGAGACAGUCAUGUGAAAAUAAAGUACACCCUCUUUGAAUUCUAUGGUUUUGUACAUCAGGACUUAAUAACAAUCAUCUGUUCCUUAGCUCUUAAAACUGGGUUAACACAACCUCAGAUGCACAGCAACACGACACAUUACACGUGUCAUGAUUUAUUUAACAAAAAUAAAGCCAAAAUGGAGAAACCAUGUGAAAGUACACCCUUACUGCUUCCAUAAUAAUUAAAAAGGCUAAGCAGCAGACAAAUGCCCUUAAUUGAUCAUCAGUCAGUGUGACCACCUCUGUAGAAGCUGAAGUUGUAGCAGUUUGCUGCUCUGGAGCAAUUCCGCCGAGGAAAGACCUCAGCAAUGAUCUUAGAGAAGCAAUUGUUGCUGCCCAUCAAACUGGGAUGGGUAUAAGGCCAUUUCCAAACAAUUGUAGAUUAUGCUAACCUAGUGUACCUAUAAUCUUAAUUUUAAUAAUGACGGGAGGCAAGUAUUUUGCAUGACUUUCUUUACUCAUGCCUCCAGCAGCACAAGUCAGUCAUUAAAUUUUUAACCAAUCAUAACAAACCAUAUAUCCAUAUAUAAAUCCCUGAUCGUCACAUGACUUCCUCUUUCUUUGGUGUGAGAUUAGUCUAUAUAAUGUCAGGGAAUAAAACGUUCGUAAUGAUAUAACAGUUCAAACUUGCUCCAUGGGAGUCCCAACUUCAAUUUAGUCCAACUUCAAACGGAUAACGAAUAUCGGAAGUGAAACUUGAUCCGUAAGAUCCAAUAUCCGGUGUGUCCCAUCCGGAGCCAAUAACGGCAAUCACACUGAAAGAAACAGAAACGAGUGUAAGAGGAUGGAAAUAGACUUAUGUCUACAUGAUAUCAGUGAUACUAUAUCUAUCCAUAUUCUAUACAAAUAACCUAUCGUUAUAUACUAGCAUUAAACCAUAAUAUCCAUAAGAACUCGUCUAUUUCCUUAACCAUCCUAUUCCCAUAUAAUCUAGAUAAACUAUACCAAUUAUAAUUGAUCAAGAGAAACGGUGACCUAAGAUAACCCAUAGAAACGGGAGGGAAAAUACUCGCCUCCUGUCCUUAUUAAGAUUAUAGGUACACUACGUUAGCAUAAUCUACAAUUUUAUCACAUGACAGGAGGCUUCCUAUUUUGCAUUUUUAAAGCUGAGGUAAUAACGAGAAAGAUGCGUGCGUGGUCUGACGAAAAUAAAAUAACCGGAAAGUGUCUUCCCGUGUCCAGUUUGCGGAAAGUAGGAUAUCCGCUAGGGAAGCUCCUGCCGAGUACGCUCGCGAAGCGGCCACGCCCCAAACCGAAUGAGCCCUGAAACAUGUCUCCACUUCUGCCAAGGAUAGGAUCCAACGAACCCAUUGAGCCAGAGUAGUAGUGGUAACCGGUUUGUAGGGUUUGGCGGACGACACCAGCAGUUGCCCGCUACUAAAAUCUCGAAGGUUUGCAGUAACCUCUACAUAUCGAGUAAGUGCGGAAACUACACAUAAACGGGGGACCGUAGGGAAGAAAGGGUAAGAUAUAGAUGUUGAAUUCAUUUUAGUUCUAUGAGACACCGUGAAGGUAACCCUUUUUGGUGAGAUUGAGAACCCGUCCAUGUCGAACGCUCGCACGUCCGAAACUCAUCGAAAGGAUACCAAACAUAGAAGCAAAGUGAGUUUGGACGACAACUGGCGUAGAGACAAAUCUGAGUUGUCUGGCCAAUUCCGAAGGAAACGGAGGACCACCUCUACAUCCCACAAAUGAUUAUACUUAGAUUCCGGUGGUCUGGACAAUUUGAUGCCUCGCAGCAGGCGACAUACCAAAGGGUCCUGACCGACCAGAGAGCCUUGUACUGGCACGUGUGCCACAUUGAUGGAAAGAUAGGAUCUUCCUUCUGUGAAAAGGUGGGACAAAAAAUUUACCACCAUGGUGAUAGGUGCUGUAAAGGGAUCACAAUUCCUUCCCACACACCAGCGGUUCCAUGAAUUCCAUGCUGAUGGGUAACUGUCGGGUACACGGUGCCCAUGAAUCCCAUAAAAGGUUUUUAGCUGGUUGCGAUAGUCCCUCGAAGGACCAGGCUCCCCUGAAAGACUCCAGACCACCAGCUCCAGAUUCUCCUGUACCACUAGUGGAUGUGGUUCCCCUUUCGGGUCUGUCAGUAGGAAGGGGAAUGAUGGAAGAAAUAGGGGAUUGUCUUGUGUUAGAGCCAAUAACUCCGGAAGCCACGCCUGACUUUUCCACAACGGUGUGAUGAGAAUCAUAGAGAUCUUGGUCGUUGUGAUGCGAUGGAUUACUCUUGCUAUCAUCGAGAAUGGGAAUGCGUACGCUCCCCUCGGGGGGCCACUGUUGUAGAAAGGCAUCUACCACCUCUCAUUGAGGGUCUGGAAGCCAGCUGUAAUAUCUUGGUAACUGUGUGUUCGUCCAAGACGCAAACAGGUCCACGACCAAUGGGCCCCUGAGGUCCUUCACCACUGAUUCCGCCUUGAUCGUAAUGUUGCGGGGAAUACAGAAUUGGUAGAUGUCCUUCGUCACCUCUGUCAAGACUCUUGAUCGGGCUCCUCACAGGCGAUUUAUGUAUUGGACCGUGGGAAUGUUGUCCAUGCGCAGAAGGAUGUAGCAGUUCGCCAUGUCCUUGGCUAGACUGCGAAUCGCAAAUGAUGCUGCAAUCAGUUCCAGACAGUUGAUGUGGAGACCCUGUUCCUCUUGAGACCAUGGACUUCCCAUGGAUGCGUAGGUGCAGUGAGCUCCCCAGCCCCAAAGGCUCGCGUCCAAUUCCAAUACAAAGUCCGGGUUCGUCCCGAAAAUGGCCUUACCGUUCUAGGCUUCCAUGUGAAGUAGCCACCAUCGAAGUUCCGUCCAAGCUUCUGCGGAGACAGGAAUCCAGUGGUCGUAUGUGUGUCCGGCUCGUAGGUAUUGGGCUUUCAAUUUCUGCAUGGCCCGGUAGUGGAGCGGGCCUGGGAAAAUCACCUGUAUUGAUGAGGAAAGUAGGCCUACUAUCCUCGCUAGUAAUCGGAGAGGUAUGGUGUCUGAGUAUCCGUCGAAUUUCCUUCCAAAUGGCCGCUAUCUUCGAUGCGGGGAGGCGUAGUACGCAAGAGUUGGAGUCUAUCUCGAACCCGAGGAACUGAACUAUUCAGGAUGGAGUCAACGAUGAUUUUUCUCUGUUCACUACAAACCCCAAUGAUUCCAGAAAGCGAAUGGUAAAUCUCGUCUGAGAUCGAAUUCUGGAUUUGGAGUCGCAGAAGAUCAACAAAUCGUCCAGAUACACGAGACGGCUUAUUCCCCUUUCUCUCAAAUGGUCCAUGACUGGUUUGAAGAGUUUCAUAAAACACCAUGGAGCCGAGCUGAGGCCGAAUGGUAGACAUGUGAAUUGGCAGGAGCGGCCCCUCCAGGUGAAACGAAGGAAGGAUCGGCUUUCUUGUGCCGUGGGGACCAACAUGUAUGCGUCUUUUAAGUCUAGACGUGUGAACCAGUCGGGUUCGUUCAGUAAGUCUCUCAGAAGGUGAAUACCUUACAUUUUGAAAUGGCGAUAAGCCACAAAUCCAUUGAGUUCUCGUAAAUUGAUGACUGGCCGGUAGUCUCCCGUCUUUUUCCUGACGACGAACAUGUUGCUGAAGUAACACUGGUAGUCUGUGGCGAAUUCCACCGCUCCCUUUGCGAACAGAGUUCAUAUCUCCGUGUCUAUGAGGCGUAUCUGGCUCUUUGACACCCGGAUAGGCGGCGGUCGCCUGGUCUGAACUGGCGUAUGGGUAAACUCUAUCAAGUACCCUUGCACGGUCUGUAGGAUCCAUGCGUCUGUGGAGAUGCGUUCCCACUCCUGUGGAAAAAGGGACAGUCUGCCAGCAGUUAUAUUUGAAUGACAUAACGGAAGACAGUUCAUGCUCACCUGAGUUGAAUCGUCCCCGUCCUCUGCUACGAGUGCCCCUUGUACGUAAGGAUCCCCUUGUGAAGGUGGCUCUUACAGAUGGGAAGAACUGCUGUGUAGCAUAUGGACGACUGGGGCCAGAUGGCCAGAAGCGGCUGGUGGCCCGACCCCUCUGCCGACCAGCCCUGCCAAAAACACCUCGAGUUGUUUGUGGGUUCCGAAAGACUUGUCUAAUGGAUGAUUGGGCCUUGUUCAGUGUAGUGAAUAGGCUGACGUGUUUUUUCAGUUCCGCCAGGAAUGGUUCUCCAAAGAGCAGCCCGUCCGCCAGAGGACCUAGCUCUUUACUUUCCCAGGUCCAACCGUUUGGAAUCUAUCUUCAAUAGGGCCGCUUUACGUCGUUCUGCGCGCAUGGCAGCGUUAGUUACCUAGAAGGCAGAUCGCCCGCUGUGCCCAUUCUCUAAUGUCGUGUGCCUUGAGGGUCGUCCCCUGAGUAAGUGCCAAAUCUGCAAAGUAUAGGAUCUUCGCCAGUGGGCCUAUCAUGUCCAACAAUCUUGUCAGGUAGCACGGGACGUGGGCACUCUGCUUUAAGCUUGGCCCGAACCUCCUUGUCCAUCGGUUUCCUCAGCCAAAAAUUCCGGCAGGUUCCAUUCUGACGAUCUGGGGUGUCGUAUCUGACGCGGAUCGAACAUGCGGUUGCCUGUCCCGUCCAGGAACACCCCGUCCUCCUUUACGUCCGUAUUCAAUUUACGUGUGCCUUUGUUGCCUGAGCGGCCUACAAUAAAGCGUACUUCGUUAUAAGCCCUGAUUGGGUGCGGGGAUCACCCCUAUGUAAAAAUCGUCACUAGUACUUUUUAUAUAUAUUUUUUUUUCUUUUCCCCUCUGAGGUGAGAAUAGAUCUUCAAGGUUUCCACCCGUGUGGGUCAAUCGCCGAUGCACUCUGUGAGAGCUAACCAAUUGGGUAAUGCAGCCUGUGCAGGAUGGGAGUUCUACCAAUCAGUGUAGUAAUGACUGGUAGUAAUUCUUUCAAUCCUGAGUGUCUUGUUACAGUCCCUAUGGUACUUCUCCAGCAAGGGCUCCCUAGCACAGGGCUUAAGGGGUUAACCUGCAAUGGAAGGACAUUAAAUACGCAAAAAACAUUUGCCAGUUCGUGGGAAUCACGAACUGGCAAAACUAAGAUGGCCGACGAGGAUAUCGCGAGAUCCAAGAUGGCCGCCGUUCGUGCGCAAAAUUUGCCGUGCUGUCCGUGAUCGCGGCCUGACGGUACCGGUCGGCAUGCCCCAGCACCCUGGUACCCUUAAAUUAACCUGGUGGUCCCGCUCGAUCGCGGUAAAAUUCCACGAAUCACGAGGGACAAGCAGGCAAGAGGCAGGCUGGGAGAGACAGUUCAAUCCUGAAGGGGAACCAAGGAAAAAGAGAGAAAAUAUCACAAAGUCCAGGGUGAGAGGAGGAUAAGCUGAGGGAGAGCAGGGGUGAAUAGUAGGGACAAGUUAAUGAAACAAGGCAGGAUAAGGUUGCACUGCUAAGAGAAGAACAGUGAGAACAGAAUACUCUGACCUUUGCCUUGGCUGGAAGCAGCAAAGAAAGAGGAAGUCAUGUGCAGUCAGGGCUUUAUAUAUGGAUAUGUGGUUUGUUAUGAUUGACUUGUGCUGCUGGAGGCAUGAGUAAAGAAAGUCAUGCAAAAUAGGAAGCCUCCUGUCAUGUGAUAAAAUUUCAAGUCAGUCAUUCUACAGUGAUGUGUGUGUGUGUGUGUGUGUGUGUGUGUGUGUGUGUGUGUGUGUGUGUGUGUGUAUGCACACACAACAGCAGAUAAGGAAGAAUGCUUUCCUCUGCAACACUAUAUCUGUGUAUAUAAAACAAACUGACUGUAACAGGAGUCCCUUCUUUAAAGGAAAACAAACGUGUAUUCCUGACAAUAAAUUUAAAACAGUUUAGGCCCCCCUUAACCCUGGUUAUAAAGACAAUUUUAUUCCUGUUUUUCGGAUGCCGUGCAGGUCCUGCCUCCAUGGCUGAGACUAAACUUCGCAAUCUCAGCCAAUGAAUGCUUUCCCUUUGGGUGGCCGUUGCGCAUGCGCGGCAAAAUGCUGCUCUGUCCCAACAGGUAUCUCCUCGUUGAGUUGCAAUGAAUCAAUGCAUCUGUCGGAGCAUGGAGAUACUAAACGUCUGUUCUGUGCACUGAAAAGGCGGUGUUUACGUUAAAAUACCUGCAGGGACAGUCUUUAGACACCAGAACAACUACAUUGCCCUGCAUGCCGUUCUGGUGUCCAUUUACAUUGAAUUGUGCAUGUUCUUUGUUUUCUCCAUGGUAUCCUGUAUAUAACCAUAUUAUUGUGAGUGUAUGUGCAAGUUAAUAUGAAUAAAAUGUCAUUUGUGAGAUUGUCAGCAAUUCUAAUCGUUUUUUUCUUCUUUCUUUUUAUACAGACAAAAGAAUUUAUAGAUGGAUGUUUACAAAAUGGAGGUAAUUCAAGUUUAUUUACUUUUGUGGCCAUCUUGCUUUUUAGUUACACAGUUGUCCACAAUGUGGGAUUUGUAAUUCUACCAUUUUUCAAUCCAGAGAUGACACUGUAAAGUCCCUUGAAUUUGAACUUUUUGCACGUGAUCUGAUUAUUCUUUAUUCAUUAACACAUUUUAUUGUAAUUCCAUUUUUUUGACUGCUGUGCAUGUUUGUCACGUUAUUGCAGUCUGCACUUUAUUUUAUGGUCCCUAUUUCUGAAGGCUAAGGAUCUGUCCGAAAGCCCUCAUUUUCUACCCACGUGGCUGGUCCCUAAUUUUGCGACUACUUUAAUCAGUUGUUUGAGUAAAUGAGGGGCGCUCUAACUUUAUUUAGAACACCUCUGUUUCAUCCUGGAAGGCUGUGAUUUAGGAUUGCCAGUACUUGUCUUUACAUACAGUGACCUGAUAUGCGUGUGCCUGGAUCCACAUGGACUUCAUUUCUAACUGGAUCUGCGUGUUCCCUUUUAAAGGGAAAGGUUUUAUUUUAAUGUGCUAUUACACACACAUAACUUGUGGCCGAGCUUGAUUUCCCAAAGUUCCACUGGGUUCCAUGUAUUUGACACGGUGGCCUCAAUCUAAUAUUGUUGGCUAUAUUAACUAUUCAAACGGUUCAAUAUUUUGGGGGUACAUUUCUAAAAUAUAGCUUUAAUGUUGUAAUAUUUUGUUAUUGAUAUAAUAUUUUUGAUUUUAUCAUAUAAACCUGUAUCCAAAAAUAUUAAACCUGAAAAGCUUAUCCAAAGAGAUUACAUUGAGUAUUUUCUAAUGAAUAUUUAUUCACUCUGGCAGCAUUUUAAGUAUUUAUUUGUUUCAUUAUUUUGACUGAAGUCCUGGUGUUGAUUUUCUGAUGUUUUGCAGGAAAGGUUCUCAUUCAUGGGAACGCAGGAAUUUCUCGAAGUGCCGCCUUAGUUAUUGCUUAUAUUAUGGAAACGUUUGGAAUCAAAUACAGGUAGGAGAUCGGUUUUAGUCUUAUUAUCACUGUGCUACAGGUAGGAGAUCGGUUUUAGUCUUAUUAUCACUGUGCUACAGGUAGGAGAUCGGUUUUAGUCUUAUUAUCACUGUGCUACAGGUAGGAGAUCGGUUUUAGUCUUAUUAUCACUGUGCUACAGGUAGGAGAUCGGUUUUAGUCUUAUUAUCACUGUGCUACAGGUAGGAGAUCGGUUUUAGUCUUAUUAUCACUGUGCUACAGGUAGGAGAUCGGUUUUAGUCUUAUUAUCACUGUGCUACAGGUAGGAGAUCGGUUUUAGUCUUAUUAUCACUGUGCUACAGGUAGGAGAUCGGUUUUAGUCUUAUUAUCACUGUGCUACAGGUAGGAGAUCGGUUUUAGUCUUAUUAUCACUGUGCUACUGGUAGGAGAUCGGUUUUAGUCUUAUUAUCACUGUGCUACAGGUAGAUCGGUUUUAGUCUUAUUAUCACUGUGAUACAGGUAGAUCGGUUUUAGUCUUAUUAUCACUGUGAUACAGGUAGAUCGGUUUUAGUCUUAUUAUCACUGUGCUACAGGUAGAUCGGUUUUAGUCUUAUUAUCACUGUGCUACAGGUAGGAGAUCGGUUUUAGUCUUAUUAUCACUGUGCUACAGGUAGGAGAUCGGUUUUAGUCUUAUUAUCACUGUGCUACAGGUAGGAGAUCGGUUUUAGUCUUAUUAUCACUGAUACAGGUAGAUCGGUUUUAGUCUUAUUAUCACUGUGAUACAGGUAGGAGAUCGGCUUCAGUCUUAUUAUCACUGUGAUACAGGUAGGAGAUCGGUUUUAGUCUUAUUAUCACUGUGCUACAGGUAGAUCGGUUUUAGUCUUAUUAUCACUGUGAUACAGGUAGAUCGGUUUUAGUCUUAUUAUCACUGUGCUACUGGUAGGAGAUCGGUUUUAGUCUUAUUAUCACUGUGCUACAGGUAGGAGAUCGGUUUUAGUCUUAUCACUGUGAUACAGGUAGAUCGGUUUUAGUCUUAUUAUCACUGUGAUACAGGUAGGAGAUCGGCUUCAGUCUUAUUAUCACUGUGAUACAGGUAGGAGAUCGGUUUUAGUCUUAUUAUCACUGUGCUACAGGUAGGAGAUCGGUUUUAGUCUUAUCACUGUGCUACAGGUAGAUCGGUUUUAGUCUUAUUAUCACUGUGAUACAGGUAGGAGAUCGGUUUUAGUCUUAUUAUCACUGUGCUACAGGUAGGAGAUCGGUUUUAGUCUUAUUAUCACUGUGCUACUGGUAGGAGAUCGGUUUUAGUCUUAUUAUCACUGUGCUACAGGUAGGAGAUCGGUUUUAGUCUUAUUAUCACUGUGAUACAGGUAGGAGAUCGGUUUUAGUCUUAUUAUCACUGUGAUACAGGUAGAUCGGUUUUAGUCUUAUUAUCACUGUGAUACAGGUAGGAGAUCGGUUUUAGUCUUAUUAUCACUGUGCUACAGGUAGAUCGGUUUUAGUCUUAUUAUCACUGUGCUACAGGUAGAUCAUCGGUUUUAGUCUUAUUAUCACUGUGCUACUGGUAGGAGAUCGGUUUUAGUCUUAUUAUAUCUACUCGGUUUUAGUCUUAUUAUCACUGUGCUACUGGUAGGAGAUCGGUUUUAGUCUUAUUAUCACUGUGCUACAGGUAGAUCGGUUUUAGUCUUAUUAUCACUGUGAUACAGGUAGAUCGGUUUUAGUCUUAUUAUCACUGUGCUACUGGUAGGAGAUCGGUUUUAGUCUUAGUCUUACACUGUGAUACAGGUAGAUCGGUUUUAGUCUUAUUAUCACUGUGAUACAGGUAGGAGAUCGGCUUCAGUCUUAUUAUCACUGUGAUACAGGUAGGAGAUCGGUUUUAGUCUUAUUAUCACUGUGCUACAGGUAGGAGAUCGGUUUUAGUCUUAUCACUGUGCUACAGGUAGAUCGGUUUUAGUCUUAUUAUCACUGUGAUACAGGUAGGAGAUCGGUUUUAGUCUUAUUAUCACUGUGCUACAGGUAGGAGAUCGGUUUUAGUCUUAUUAUCACUGUGCUACUGGUAGGAGAUCGGUUUUAGUCUUAUUAUCACUGUGCUACAGGUAGGAGAUCGGUUUUAGUCUUAUUAUCACUGUGAUACAGGUAGGAGAUCGGUUUUAGUCUUAUUAUCACUGUGAUACAGGUAGAUCGGUUUUAGUCUUAUUAUCACUGUGAUACAGGUAGGAGAUCGGUUUUAGUCUUAUUAUCACUGUGCUACAGGUAGAUCGGUUUUAGUCUUAUUAUCACUGUGCUACAGGUAGAUCAUCGGUUUUAGUCUUAUUAUCACUGUGCUACUGGUAGGAGAUCGGUUUUAGUCUUAUUAUCACUGUGCUACAGGUAGAUCGGUUUUAGUCUUAUUAUCACUGAUACAGGUAGAUCGGUUUUAGUCUUAUUAUCACUGUGAUACAGGUAGAUCGGUUUUAGUCUUAUUAUCACUGUGAUACAGGUAGGAGAUCGGUUUUAGUCUUAUUAUCACUGUGCUACAGGUAGGAGAUCGGUUUUAGUCUUAUCACUGUGCUACAGGUAGAUCGGUUUUAGUCUUAUUAUCACUGUGAUACAGGUAGGAGAUCGGUUUUAGUCUUAUUAUCACUGUGAUACAGGUAGGAGAUCGGUUUUAGUCUUAUUAUCACUGUGCUACAGGUAGGAGAUCGGUUUUAGUCUUAUCACUGUGCUACAGGUAGAUCGGUUUUAGUCUUAUUAUCACUGUGAUACAGGUAGGAUAUCAGUUUUAGUCUUAUUAUCACUGAUACAGGUAGAUCGGUUUUAGUCUUAUUAUCACUGUGAUACAGGUAGGAGAUCGGCUUCAGUCUUAUUAUCACUGUGAUACAGGUAGGAGAUCGGUUUUAGUCUUAUUAUCACUGUGCUACUGGUAGGAGAUCGGUUUUAGUCUUAUUAUCACUGUGCUACAGGUAGGAGAUCGGUUUUAGUCUUAUUAUCACUGUGAUACAGGUAGGAGAUCGGUUUUAGUCUUAUUAUCACUGUGAUACAGGUAGAUCGGUUUUAGUCUUAUUAUCACUGUGCUACAGGUAGAUCAUCGGUUUUAGUCUUAUUAUCACUGUGCUACUGGUAGGAGAUCGGUUUUAGUCUUAUUAUCACUGUGCUACAGGUAGGAGAUCGGUUUUAGUCUUAUUAUCACUGAUACAGGUAGAUCGGUUUUAGUCUUAUUAUCACUGUGAUACAGGUAGAUCGGUAGUCUUAUUAUCACUGUGCUGGUAGGAGAUCGGUUUUAGUCUUAUUAUCACUGUGCUACAGGUAGGAGAUCGGUUUUAGUCUUAUCACUGUGAUACAGGUAGAUCGGUUUUAGUCUUAUUAUCACUGUGAUACAGGUAGGAGAUCGGCUUCAGUCUUAUUAUCACUGUGAUACAGGUAGGAGAUCGGUUUUAGUCUUAUUAUCACUGUGCUACAGGUAGGAGAUCGGUUUUAGUCUUAUCACUGUGCUACAGGUAGAUCGGUUUUAGUCUUAUUAUCACUGUGAUACAGGUAGGAGAUCGGUUUUAGUCUUAUUAUCACUGUGCUACAGGUAGGAGAUCGGUUUUAGUCUUAUUAUCACUGUGCUACAGGUAGGAGAUCGGUUUUAGUCUUAUUAUCACUGUGCUACAGGUAGGAGAUCGGUUUUAGUCUUAUUAUCACUGUGCUACAGGUAGGAGAUCGGUUUUAGUCUUAUUAUCACUGUGCUACAGGUAGGAGAUCGGUUUUAGUCUUAUUAUCACUGUGAUACAGGUAGAUCGGUUUUAGUCUUAUUAUCACUGUGCUACAGGUAGAUCGGUUUUAGUCUUAUUAUCACUGUGAUACAGGUAGGAGAUCGGUUUUAGUCUUAUUAUCACUGUGCUACAGGUAGAUCGGUUUUAGUCUUAUUAUCACUGUGCUACAGGUAGAUCAUCGGUUUUAGUCUUAUUAUCACUGUGCUACUGGUAGGAGAUCGGUUUUAGUCUUAUUAUCACUGUGCUACAGGUAGGAGAUCGGUUUUAGUCUUAUUAUCACUGAUACAGGUAGAUCGGUUUUAGUCUUAUUAUCACUGUGAUACAGGUAGGAGAUCGGCUUCAGUCUUAUUAUCACUGUGAUACAGGUAGGAGAUCGGUUUUAGUCUUAUCACUGUGCUACAGGUAGGAGAUCGGUUUUAGUCUUAUCACUGUGCUACAGGUAGAUCGGUUUUAGUCUUAUUAUCACUGUGAUACAGGUAGGAGAUCGGUUUUAGUCUUAUUAUCACUGUGAUACAGGUAGGAGAUCGGUUUUAGUCUUAUCACUGUGCUACAGGUAGGAGAUCGGUUUUAGUCUUAUCACUGUGCUACAGGUAGAUCGGUUUUAGUCUUAUUAUCACUGUGAUACAGGUAGGAUAUCAGUUUUAGUCUUAUUAUCACUGAUACAGGUAGAUCGGUUUUAGUCUUAUUAUCACUGUGAUACAGGUAGGAGAUCGGCUUCAGUCUUAUUAUCACUGUGAUACAGGUAGGAGAUCGGUUUUAGUCUUAUUAUCACUGUGAUCCAAGUCUCUCAGAAUUCUGUUUCUUUUAAAGUACACGCGCUGUGCACAUGGAAUUUACACCUUGAUUUGUAUUUAUUGCUUUACUUCAUGUCAGUAGUUGGUAAACGGAACAUUAAAGUGCUUUCAGUCCCAAUCAUGGACUUCCCACACGUUCCGUGGUGUGAGUGCAUUUUAGCAUUAAAGGGACACUAUAGUCACCAUAACUACAGCUAAUUGUACAGUAUACAGCUUACUGUACAUGUUCUGGUGAGUAGAAUCAUUCCCUUCAGGCUUUUUGCUGUAAACACUGUCUUUUCAGAGAAAAUGCAGUGUUUACAUUACAGCCUAGUAAUACCUCCACUGGCCACUCCUUAGAUGGCUGCUAGAUGUGCAUCCUGGGGCAGUGCUGCACACUGUGACUGAGAUUCAGUGUGUCCACCUUCUGCAUGCAGACACUGAACUUUCUUGAUUCAAUGUAUCUCUAUGAGGAGCUGCUGAUUGGUCAGGACUGUUUGACUUGUGCUUGCUCUACCCCGAUCUGCCUCCUUGACAGUCUCAGCCAAUCCUAUGGGAAAGCAUUGUGAUUGGCUCACACCACCACUUCUGAUGUCAGCAGGCAGGGGCAGAGCCGGGAGCUGCAGACUUGAGUACAAGUAGGAUUUUACUAUAUUUAGGGAGGCAAGAGGGGGCUAGAUGGUGGUUUUAACACUAUAUAUAGGGUCAGGAAUACAUGUUUGUGUUCCUGACCCUAUAGUGCUCCUUUAAGUUCAUUUUCAUUUAAAACAUUUAAAGAGUGGCAAUGUAGCAGAGUAUUUUAAAACAAAGAUUUUGAAAAUGUAAUUUCUGGAACUUUACAUUUAAACCAAAAAUGGCAUUAAAGUAUGUAUUUGAUAUGUCGCACUCUCAAACCAUUUCCUGUGCAGCAUUUUGAUCUAAAUGCUGCCUUUUUCCUCCGAAUAAUUUAGUAGGUUUGUGUCUUUUACUUGGCUGUAUCCUGUGCAAAUUAGGUCUACAUAAACAAGUCUUGCUCAUUCAUUUUCUGCCCUUUUCCACAUGUUUACUGCACUGUUGCUAUGACUUGCAAGCUUGGUGUGUACAAAGGGAAGAAAACAAUGUUCAUACUAGAACAACCUUUCUAUCUAUAGCUAUUAUUCAUAAGAACAAUAUCACAAGAAAGCCUCAUCAGUCUGUUUUUCAAUGGUAUAAAGUGUGUAUGUACAUUUUUUUUAAACAAAAGACAAAAACAUGACCACUUCCAAAAUUGCCUAUUUUGUGAAUGGCAAAACAAAAAUCUGUUAACGCAUUUAGAAAAGAUAAUCACUGCUUACCAACUAGACUAUUAACAUAAACAAAUCUGCGCUCUACCUAACGUGCUAAAAUACACAAAUAACUGCGGUGAAUGGGAGUCAUUUUUCUAUUUAUUAAAAUAUCUCCAGGGAAUGAUGAUAAAUCUAAAUAUCCCUUUAUCCCACUCGUGAGAUUUAAAAAUCAGGGACAUGGAAUUCCACAGCGGUCGCCUGCUUGCCUAAAUUCAACCAGCACUGAAUUGUAGAUAUAUUGUGAGAAACCAUAACGGGGUUAAUAGGAUGUUUUUGUGAAUAACUAUGAAAAGAAGAAUUUAGCUUUGCUUUUUGUCCUACCUACUGUACGUGAAAAAUUAGAUGGUUUCAAACCCUGAAUCCCAGAAAACCUGUAAAACCUUUGAUUCCACCAAUCUGCAGCAUAAAAUGAAAACAAUUGAAAUCUAUUUUGAGUAUCAUUGAACAGCAAUCUGUACUUGGAGUCGUUUUAUUGUAAUACUAACUGUGCCAAGCAGUUAAACGGCUUUCCUUCUGUUUCAGAGAGGCGUUCACAUAUGUCCAAGAAAGACGGUUCUGUAUUAAUCCCAAUGCUGGAUUUGUCCAUCAACUUCAGGUAGGUAGUAUUUCCUGUUAUUUUAUAUACAUAUAUAUGGCUGUAAGCUCCUUUAUUGAAAGAUAACUCUCUCUCAUCCUGGCUCCUUUAAUACACCGAUAAUCAAACCACCUGCAGGGCUAGGCAACCUUCGGCACUGCACAUGUUGUGGACUAGCUCUGUCAGCAUUAUGGGAAAUAUAGUCCACAACAUCUGGAGUGCCGAAGGUUGCUUAGCCCUGAUUUAGAAGAUGGAUAUAGUGUAUGCAAUGAGAUUAUACACAGAUCUGAUAUUACGGCUAAACUAUAUAUUCCAAAUACACUGUGUGUAAACGCAUAUAAAAGCAUCCGCAGAAUAAAAUUAAAAGUAUAAACCGUAAAUCACUGUCAGAAUCCCAUAAAAUAUCACUACAUUUAGUAAAGACCCAGAUUAUAAAUGUCGCUUGCAAAGAUUGGGUUGUGUAAUUCCUUCUAUCCAUUUUUAUCAACUAACCCAAACCUUUCCUUGUAGUUUACACAUUAUUUCUGUGACUGUCCAUAAUGCUAGCGCUGACACAUGCCAUACAGCUUCCAUGAUUAAUGCAUUUCAUUUAUUACACACCGUGGGUUUCAUAUAUACAGGAUCCAGUCAGUGUGACAAAAUGAUCAGCUAUUUACCAAGUCUGUCAUAAUCUCAUGCUGUGCAUUGACUGAAUCUAUAAAAUGCCAUAAAUGGGGUGAGUUUGCCGUCCGCCUCACCCUGAUCUGAGCGAGGACUGAAGCGAGUAAAUCUAUAUCUGUGGUAGACACAAGGAGCAAUUUUUUAUUAAAAUGGAACAGUUGGGGCUAUGAAGCAAAGCAUCAUUUGGAAAGUAGACACAUCAAUGAGUUUCUGACGCUUUGUCUGUGGUGUUUGUUUUUGUUCCCCCUAGUUAAGAUUUUUGUUUUAAUUGAAAUUAAAGCAAAUUAAGUGUUUGCAGAAAUAGUGCAGUAUUGACAAUAAAUAUUAUUUCUAUUUAGGAAUAUGAAGCCAUCUAUCUAGCAAAACUAACCAUUAAAAUGAUGAGACCUCUUUCACUGCAAGCUGGUGCUAUAGGUAAUGUACAGUAACACUGUGUGUGUGUGAAGUGUCCGUCUGAUUGCGAAUAGGUUCAUGCGCAGGCGUCCCCUAAUACAGGAUUCCAAAACUUGUCUUACUCAGGAGGCCUGAAGAGAACUUUGGACGAAGCCUAAUCCUCUGAACGUGAGCUCAGCGAACAUUAAAAUCACUUGGUUGUGUUCUGCCCAGGUGCUGCUAUUGGCCAAUUACUGGAGUUCUGAGAGCGUGAAAAGCACUGAUCAUUUUACUUCUUAAACAGCCGUUUUACCAAAACGCAAGAUUUUUUUGGUCCUGCGAAGAGGUAUUAUUGCAAUAACGCACUUUUCAUACUUGAAGUUUUUGGGGGGUUUUUUUUGUCCCUUUUAUUUGUAAACUUAUUAAUAACAAUGCAAAUGUUUGGGAAGGGAGAGUUUGUAUAAAAAGUUAUGUUUAAUUUAUAAGAUGAGUCUUUAGUAUUGAAAUGUUUGCUAAGAUUUUGUUUUGUAAAUACAUUUUUAUAGGUUUAGAAGUUCUGAAAUUUUUAACACACCCGAUUCUAUACAAAAAGCAUACUUGAUCAUCUGAGGAUUGUACACAUUUCUGCUAAGUUUCCCUACUAUAACGGAGUGCUUUUUAUUAGAAGAUUUAUAUUGUGGCUUUUGCCUGAAUACAGAUUUUUCUUGUUCCUUCAUAACCAAUUGUACUGAAGUUUUCCAAAUAAACACUUUAAAAAUUAACUGACGUAUUGUGAAAUAUUCCUGGGCCUGGCAGCUUAAACCAGUACUUUUCCACCGCCACCACGACUGCCUGGACUCGUAUUACGUAAUCCUGGUGACUCCAAACUUGCUUUCUCCUAUUGUUUCCGCUCUUCCUGUCUGCUCUAGUGUUUUGUUUUUUAAAACACAAGAUAAACUAGGGACUACUUUGUCUUGUGUAUUUUUCCUAAGCUUGACUUUCAUUGGCCGAAGGAGGAGCUUAAGUCCGCUCUAUUUCCUGUGGUCAAAGAAAAUGUUCCCACAAUAUUCACCUUCCGUAGUGUUCUCGCGUUGCUUCAUUCGCCAUUUAGACGGCACUGGCGAAUUCACCGAAUGUAUGGUUACUCCAGUCGUGUUAGAUUUGGAAUUUGAUUGCAGCCGCUUAGUAGAUAGCCCUAUAAUUCCCACGUUAUGUACUAAAAAGCUGAUGGUAAAGUUGGCUGAAAGCUCAAUUUUGGUCUAAGUAAAAACUAAGCAAAUUGUCGUGGUGCCCACACCGGUCUGUCUUGGUGCAUUUAAAGGGACACUAAGCAUCAGAACCAUUCCCUCUUAAUAGAGAAUGGGGUUUCCUUUGUAAAUACUGACCUGUGCCCAAGAUUACUUCAAAUAUACAAAAACAUUUUAAAAUUCAUCAUUUUAUUAGAUCUUCAAUAAAUUAUCAUCAUUUAUCACUAGAAAAUAUGGUAAGGAGGAACAAAACACAAACCUUAACUAUUAGCCCACAGUAAAUAGAUUUUCUACCAAUCAGGUUCUUUUGGCUAUUCUACAAUGGUUUCUAUGGACCAUUUCAUGGCAUUCUGCGCCGUUCCACAUCUUUAGGGAACAAUAAAUACAUUCUAUUACAGGAGGUAUUUCAGGUUAAUCUCUCAAAUCUUUCCAUUCUGACAGCAAGUAAUAUCACCCAGACCCCAGCAGUCUAAUCAUUGUACAAAAAUACAAAUAAAGAUAAAAAUAUAGAUUUGUCUUUUUUAGGAAACAUUUAGACUUUUCCUUAAACAACGCAACUAUUGUAAAAUAGUGUAAAAUUGCUAUUUACAUUUUAUAUUCCAGUAAAGUGGCGCUCUGAGUUCUUUGGUAAAGCUUCAAGCAGGAUUAGUCGGAGAACCUUCUCUGCAUGUAGGUUUCGUCGGACGCCACAUAGCCAAACUUCUCAUAAAAGGCGACAUUUUUGGGCUUGCAUUCCAACGUAACUUUAUAGCAGCCUAACUUUUUACUUAACAAGGUAAGUACGGACAACAGCCUGGCCGGGGUUGGUGGGGGAGAGAAAAAAAACAGCAGUUUAGAAAGCUGCAGCAACACAAUGUAUUUUAUUAAUGCUGAUCACUGUCUGUAGGCAUGGAUUUAAUAAGUCACAUGGAGUCAUGGUGUUAAAUGUAUACAAACCAUAAUGUUUGGUCAGUGCGUGUGUUACAACUGAGCAAACUGCCUGUCUCCUAAUGCAGAUACGGCCGAGGAGAUCACUUUCCCAUAUUCUACGCAAAAUCAAAUGCAUUAAAUCCUGAGUUAUUGCUUGGAGAGUUAUUCAAACUGUAUCCUAACCAUGACACUAUCAGACUUUGGGAGUGAGUUUAUACAAUCGUGUGGUGAACGAUUAUAUGCUUCAAUAGUUUGUUCUAGCUAGACGCCAUCCGCAAGCUAUUAACAUAGUUCUUCAUGGGAUUUCUGAGCCCCCCAGCGGUCAGUGAAGGAGGAGACGUGCUGUGCUACUCUCUCCAAUGAUGCCGGGAUCCCAUUUCACAGCUCUGUGUUGAGUGCUGUAGGUAACCUUGUACUGGCAAAUCCUAUUUAGAACCUGUGUUUGUGUGCUAUUGGUACAGAGAACAUUGUAAAGUAAAUAGUUUUAUGUACGUAUUGACAAUCAUACUGAUUGAACACCAUCCAGUCCCUGGAUUAACAUUUGGCCCACUAUUUGAUGGAAAAAGGAACCCUUCAAGCACCCUAAUCAUUGAAGCUCACUGUUGUGGUGCCAGAUGUGCCCUAGUCCCCUCCCAUAAUUACAGGGGUGGGUGAAACUUGAAAGACAAAAUGUUUGAAGGCGUCUAAGAUUUGUGUCAGCCCAUACCAACCAUUUACUUUGCGAGGCGUCAGAUUUCAGCUCGCUUGCCUUUCACUCCGCUUCAAGAAGUCUACACCAUACAGUUAAAGCCUCAUUGCCCAGUGAGGUAGAAAUUAAGCCUUUCUGAAGGUGCUUGAUUGUCAACUGUAAAAUGCAUUAAAAAAACCUUCAGAAAGACUUAAUGGGUUGACGUUUAACAGCGUAGAUUUCUUAAAGGUGGGCAAAAGGCAGUGAAAGUGUUAAAGCUUGUACCCCAACACCUGGAAAACCAUCUAUUAAGGUUAGAAAGGUGUGUUGGCAGCAUCUCCAAAGCCACCACAGUAGGUACUACAGGGAGCGGAUGAGGAUUUCAGGUUGACAGCUUUUGAAUUGUGGCACAAAGCUUGUGCUAGAUUGGCCUGGACUUAAGGUACACUAUAGUCCUCAAUAUAUUUUACCAGGAAAGACACAUUUUGUCCUGGGUUCUUUAUAUUCUAGAUAAUACCUCUGCCAUUUAGGAGUUAAAUCACUUUGUUUUUAAAGCUCUAGCCGCACCUCCCUGCAAGUU